UCCCCGAUUGCCUGCAACAACUCACCGGACCUGUGCUCACGCGCGUACAGCAGCAUCACGCACAUGGGCGCCCACGACAGCGCCUUCGUCCGCGACGCCAGCACGGGCUACAGCCUCGCGGGCAACCAGUUCUACAACGCGACGGUGGCGCUGUCGGCGGGCAUCCGGCUGCUGCAGGCGCAGGUGCACCUGUCCAACGGCGUGCUCGAGCUCUGCCACACGUACUGCUCGCUGCUCGACGCGGGCCCGCUGGACGCCUGGCUGGCCAAGAUCAAAGCCUGGCUCGACGCCCACCCCAACGACGUCGUCACCCUCCUGCUCGUCAACUCGGACAACCAGCCGGCCGACGCCUUCGGCGCCGCCUUCGAGCGCGCCGGCAUCGCCGCCUACGCCUUCACCCCGGGUCUCCCGGCAAACACUACAAACACCACCAGCAGCAGCAGCAGCAGCAGCACGGCGAACACAGCAACAACCUGGCCGACCCUGCAGGAGAUGAUCGCCACCAACGCGCGGCUGGUGACCUUCAUCGCGCCACUCGGCGCGCCCUCGGCCGCGCACCCGUACCUGCUGGACGAAUUCGCGCACGUGUUCGAGACGCCGUACAACAUCACCUCGUCCGCAUCCUUCACCUGCGCGCUGGACCGCCCGGCCACCGACCCGCCCACGGCGCCCCUGGACGCGCUGGCCGCCGGCCGGCUGCCGCUGCUGAACCACUUCGCCUACGUCGAGCUGUCGCUCGCGCCGCAGGUGCUGGUGCCGGACGUCGGGAAUAUCGACGUCACCAACGACCCGGGUGACAACGGUAGCAGCAGCGGCAACAAUAAUAAUAAUAAUAACACGGGGCGCGCGCUGGGCGAGCACCUGCGGCGGUGCGCCGGCGAGUGGCAGGGCAGGGCGCCGGCGUUCGUGCUGGUGGAUUUCUUCAACCGCGGGCCGGCCGUGCGGGCGGCGGAUCGGGCGAACGGGAUCGAGCCGGUCGGCAGGGAGGAGGUGCCG